GCACAACGGUAAUACACUGUCAAAGUUAACGAAUGUUGUUUUAUUGUAAGGGAUCGGUUAUGACGUUUGCCUCUCUCACUCGCACGCGAGCACACACGCGCGCUGUAGUCUCACUGCCCACGGCAUGGACGUGCGCACAUUAUAAGGAAUCAGUGUGCUCGGAGUGGCGCAGAAGGCUGCUCCGUCAUGCACUAGGUGGUGUGUGAUGUAAUUUCGCUGCAGAUAUAAAUAUCGUCGGCAAGGGAAAAGUAGCAUGGCUGAGCGGGGCUAGAACUGACGGUCAACAUUUUCCAAGUUUUGUGUGAAAACAAAACAGCUUGAACACCAGUCUGAAGUGUAGUGUCUUGAGAGGAAACCCACUGAGCGCGACUUCAUGCCGCUCACUAGGGUUGACCGUAGCUCUGUCCGUGAGUAAGCUGUUUUGUGCGUCUUUUUACAAAUAUAGAGAAAGACGGUGGUUUGGUGUCUUCAACUCUUUCAGACGCUCACGUACCGCUCAGAAGGAUGAGUGUCCAUUCGGCCCUAUUACCAAUAGUGGUCUUAGGACUUAUGACAAGCUCAGUGCGCUGCGCUCCGCUGCCCGGUGGGCAGAACGGACCCGUGGAGCGACGCUGGGAGACCCUCUACUCGCGUUCUCUAGCCCGAAUCCCUGGGGAAAAAAGAGAUAUCAGCCGGGACAGUGAUUAUCUCACGGGCAUUAAAAGACUGCGACGUCUCUACUGCAAUGUUGGCAUUGGGUUUCAUCUCCAAGUAUUACCGGACGGUAGAAUUACCGGCGUGCACAACGAAAACCGUUACAGUCUUCUUGAGAUAUCUCCGGUGGAGAGGGGAGUUGUGACACUGUUUGGCGUCCGGAGCGGGCUAUUCGUGGCCAUGAACAGCAAAGGGAAGCUUCUCGGAUCUGCGCAGUUCACAGAUGAAUGCAAGUUCAGAGAAAAGCUCCUUGCAAAUAAUUACAAUGCGUACGAAUCGCUGGCACAUCCCGGGAUGUACAUCGGAAUAAGUAAGACUGGCAAAACAAAGAAAGGAAAUCGAGUGUCGACGUCCAUGACGGUGACACAUUUCUUGCCUAGAAUUUGAGCUCGCUUGGAGAGGCGCAAGGCGGAGGAACUGCGAUGCACUUUCUACAGAAAUUACACGUGAGGUUUAGUGUAUCGUGUCAUGUAUGUAUAUAUUAGACUAUUUAUAUCUGUUGGUUUUAUAUUCAUCACAACGUCCUCUUUCCGAGGUCGAAGACAACAAUUAAUUUAUUUGUUUAUUUGUUAAUUUAUCCUCAUUGCUGCUACCACGUGUUCAUAUACAAGUGAAAUUCCUACUAUGUACAUUUUUUUGCACUGUUUGUUUUGUUCUAAAGCAACGGUUUUGGAGUGGUAGUCGGUGUAGACGCCAUAUUUAUUUUCUCACGAAUGGAAACAAGGUUUCUAAUUUUCAGAACAAAUGCUGUCCAGUCAUUGGGAAAGUUUGUGGAAAGACACAUUUCAAUUUUGAGUCUGCUGAACGAUCCGUCGCAGACUCGUUUUCAAUCGCGAAAAAUUAAAUAUGGCGUCUGCGCUUGACUAAGCUCCAUUUGUCCUUCGUUGGAAAGAAUAUGUAAGUCUUAGAUCAAGCCUCCAAUCGUUAAGGUGUAUCAACCCUCACAGUAUUAGCACUGGAGCAAUAUUGUCCAGUGUCUGAGCUCCUUUGUGCGGAGCUCGGAUCUAACUGAAGCAGUAUCGGCUUACUCUAGCUUACUGAAGUUCUACCCCUUCAAAUCUGUUUUUAGCUCUGCCGGGGGGUUGAACUUUGAACUUAUCUGCAGUCAAUCUUUGUCACAUCUCUAAGGCUCUGGAAAGAGAGAAGUAGCUUCUUUAACACACAGACAUGAAUUUAAAAAAUCAAAGGCAUUGCAGUGCAGAUACUGUACCCUGAGCCCCUUUAAAGAGACAUACUGUACAAAGCCAAAUUCAAGUCAGUCUUUGCUGGGUGUCUGGGGGGAAAUCAGUCAUGUUAAAGAUCAGUGUUUUUCUAUGGUGGUAACACAGAAACAAAGAAAUGACAGUGUUGUGUGUUAGUGAACGAAGAGUUGAUGUAAAAACAACUUCCACAGUGAGUUACGAGGAGGCAUAUUGCCCUUUUUUUCAUUUUCUACCUCAUGCAGUUUCCAGCUGACAGUUUCCUACUUUGAAAGUCAGCUGACAUAGAAUGUUUAGUUCUAAGUUGCUCUUCUGAGUUUUCUGAGGCUACUGCUACUCUGUGAAGUUCUGGCGGCCAUUGGGUCCUAGUUGCGCCUUGUCACGUUUGAGCUAUCUUUACCCUGUGAUUUACUUUUAGAAAGGAUAAUCAUGUUGGAAAUAUUUGCAGACAGCUGUUAGUCUAUACUAUAUGCUCAACCGGUAACCCUAUAUUUUUCUUUAUAUAUUUUGUAAAUGUAAUAUGGUGCAAAACUGAGAGGCUGCUUUAAACCUGGUAUAAUGAUGUUAGUAAAAUAAAUCUUAAGAUAGGAUAUAUUCAUGCAGGGAUAAACAAGCUUUCAUUCUUGAACCUUCAAAAAUAUAUAUUUGAGAGAUAUUAUCUUUAAAAAAGCAUUCCUUAUUGUCAUCAUAAUGGUUAGAGGCCUGCAGGUACUCUAAUUGAAAGAAACUAAAAAUGUACCUAUAUUGAAAAUGGAUGGAUAGUCUUUUGGGCUCCAAGAAGCUCUUAAGAAGGUGUUUAGAAAUUAAAGAACAAUUUUGAAGCUAAACUGACCGAUUGACCUCAAAAAGCAUGAAUACAUUCGCAUUGUUUUUUUUUUUUUUUUUUUUUUUUUUUAGUGAAAUCUCAAAGCCGUGGUAUUUCAAUUGUUAUAUGUCCAAAUUUGCAAAUGCCCUGCCUGGAUGUGCACAUCAAUUGAUCACUUGAUGAGUCUGAGCUACCUGAGCUAAUGCUGGAGGAGGGAGGGGUUGCCGUGUUUCUCUUUAACACAGCUGUGCCAAACCUCUUUCCAAAUGGACAUGAUUUGCAUCAGUGUGGAUGUUGUUUACAAUAGACCGAAUGGCCACUGAAGGCAAAUUGUCCCUCUGACCCUCAUCACAAUGCAGAGCAGAACUGGCACAAAGCAUUGGUCUUGAUUUGUUUAACCAAAAAAAAAAAAAAUUCAAUAUCAACCGGCAUGACCUAGUAGUCUGACAUUAGUGAAAACAGAACAUCCUCGUCUUUAGCACAACAAUGUUUUUUCAAUGUUUAUGAACAGGGAUAUAUGUGGUGUAUUGAAAUAAACUAUAUACAAUUUCUCUGUCAGUUCCCAUACGGCUUAUCUAUGAACCGCCAGUUGUGUUUGCAUCCAUGGCAGAGCUCUAGUAAAUGGGCUGACAUCUGAGUCCUGUAGUAGUGUGCUCUGAAUCCUGUUUUACUAAAUAUUGUCUGUAGUUUUAUACAGGUCUUGUUAAAUAUUGUGAUGUAUGUGCUGUGCACAUGAUGAUAACCCUAACUUAAAUGGAAGUUAAUAAAUGUUUAAAUCAUACUGGUCUGAGUGUUUUUAAUUCUUCCUACAAAAGCACAUGAAGGUUCAAUGAAACCGACAACUGUAAUGGCACGAAACACGUAAAACUAGAAUAUCUCCCAGCAUAACUAUAGAAAGGGGCCUUUCCCUGGUGAAGCUAAAAAUACGCUCACAGACUUGUGUCACUAGACUAUGCGGGCCCGCCUGAUAUUUCUACAAGGACAGCACUGCCAAGACACUCUACUGCUGUUGUUUAACUUGCCAAGGCCCAGUUUACAGAUUGGGUGGUUUUGCCAUCCACAAAGCCAAGCAGUCACUCCUGGGAGUGGAAACCUCUCUUUCAAUUCUGUGAACGUUUCCAAAGGUUCAGAGGAGGACUCCACUGCAGCCCUUCCAGGCAUGCGAUUCCAUGAAAGGGGACCCCGUUUAAAGCGGUAUGGGCCCUUUCUUUUCCUGUGUGCUGUCUAAUGAGCAGAUAUGUCAGACUGGUCUUUGUGACACCAUGAUUGGCUUUUUCUCUAUAUAUCAACUGCCAGUGCUAUUGUCUUUCUUUAGUACAAUCCACAAACUGACAUUUUAUGCAAAAAGAGUUAUGCAUUUCCAUGUCGUACUGGCACGUAAGUGUAGGAUAACAAAAGGAGACAUGAAUGACAAAGGACAUACACACCUACCUCAGCAUCCACUCAAUUGU